AUGGCGAAGACACCACGGCAAUCACCGAUGAUUUCACCUUGCUCCGAUCCAGUGACUGCUGCCUCCAUGAAGACCCUACUUCUCACCAUGGGGCCAUGCGGUGUACGAGAUUGCCACUGUGCCUCGGGCUCGAGCACCUCCAAGCUGGAUGGGUUGUCUAGUGCCGUGGCGUGUGACAGAUGUUCUCACCCUUUAAGCGAUCAUGAUAGUUACUAUCCGCCCGGUUCUUCAGGCCCUGCGAGCCCACGACCUGCACUGGUGACUGAGCCGCUUGGCAUCGAGUCCCACAUUAUCAUGCGACCCCAGUUCAUCGACGAGCUGAUCGCCCGGUUGAACCGCUACCAUCUGAUCCGCGUCAACGGGACGCCGGCGUCGGGCAAGACCUCGAUGACGCGGGUGCUGGCCAACGAGUUGCUCGCCCGCUACCCGCAGACCCCCGUGUAUCUGCUGUGCGGCUGGGAGUGGGACGACGUGCGGAUCGCGGGCGGCUGGGCGCUCUAUCUGCAGCAACAGCUGGGGACGCAUGGCCAUCGGCUCAUCACGCAUCCCGGCUUCUUGCUGCUGGAUGAGGCGCAGCAGACCUACUGGGACACGCAGCUCUGGACGGACCUGUUCAAGUCCAUCACCGGCAGCAGUGCCGUGAAGAUCGUGGUGUUCACGUGCUAUGGCUCGACCGGCUCCGAGCCCGGGGGUGCGACGACGAUGCGAGAGCUCCCCGGGAAGACACCGAUGGUCUUUCAACCGCAACAGCAGAUCUCGCUCCGGCCGGAGGAGACCGAAGAGACAUCCCCGCGCUGGAAGCCGGUGGGCUUGCUGCUCGACGAGACCGAGGCCCACGAGAUCUUGGAUCGAUAUGUGCCGAACACCGUGUCUGACGGGGCGAACAUCUUGACCAAGGAGUUGAAGCAUGGCUUGUUCCUGGUUAGUGGGGGACACGCGGGCUUGCUGGUGUCCCUCGCCGACGCCCUGGAAUUGAUACCGGAGAUCUAUGCUCUGAUCAGGAAACGCCAGCCACUCGACUGGACGACAGUAAGCCAGGGACUCUUUGGCGAUUGCCGACGAUUGUUCGGCAUCAUUCAGCACCUCCCAUUUGCUCGGGGGUUGCCCAAACAACGCGUGGUGCAGCAAUCCGCUUACUCGAGUGUCUUCAACAACGCCAUCGUGUACGAUGGGACUCUGGAGUCGAGCUAUGCCGACAGCCCUGAUCAACAGCGGGCUCUGCAGGCGAUCUGGAAGGAAGGAUGGCUUCAUGCGAGGAUUGUGCUGGGAGAGACACGCUAUGUGUUUCCUACCCAGAUCCAUCGAUGGUAUUGUCAGUGCCUUUUCUUCCGCGACGACGCACCGGCCAAAGAACUGGCCUAUCGAUCCCCACUGGAGAUGGCUACCGAAGCCAUUCGCCAUUUCGACCCGCACCAGCUGUCGCACACUGCGCGCACGCUGGAAGAUCAAUACCAGAAGGAGUUCUACCGCUGUCUCUUCCCGCUCCUCCUCGAGUACCAGAUCGCGAUGUCGCCGGAGUAUCUCAUCAAGAAAACGGCGGGUCUCCGGAGCGGCAGGAUCGACUUCCUGGUCGAGCAGAAGAAGUGGGGAUUGGAGCUGAUGCGCGACGGCGACCGGAUCACACAGCACAUGCGACGCUUCGAGGAAGACGGCCCGUACUUUGCGAUGAUCAGGGAAGGGCUGAUGCGGGAUUACAUUUAUCCAGGAUCCCGCGGCCACCUGUAUCAUGUGGUCUUCUCCGAGGACUGCCGCAACGUCCAGAUCCUGGACGCCUCGGAUCUGAGUGAAGUCGUUGCUUUUGUGCUGGUCGAGAACGCAAGUUUCUUCCGCUAG